AUGGCGACAAUGACCGACAUAUCAUACUUGAUAAUAUACAAUUCGCAUAAUGGUUACUCAUUUAGAAUACCUAAACCUGUCAGGUUCCAUAACUUAUCACAAUUUAAGACUUUCCUAUUGCAAUCACUAGUUAACAAUCAAGAAGAUGUAUCUACUGAUAAUUUAUUCUUAUUGACUUCAUUUGGAAUUAAAUUGAAUUAUAACCUUAUUAAUGAAAUCAAUGAGAUCUUUGUGUAUGAUAAACGAUUAUUUGCCAAUGAUCCAGACUUAAUGAUAUUGGCAAGUUAUUCAAUGGAUAAGCAACAUGAUACACCAUCCACCCCACCAACUGUAUCCCCUCUAACGACUUCCCUUGUUGGUAAUAAUAAUUUGAAACAACUUACAAGUAACUUAAAAACGAACCUUAAUUGGGCCAAAUCAUUGAACCAAGACAGUAAUCAAUUAGCCGAAAGUUGUCGCAAUUUAAUCAAACAAAUUAACAUCAUUUUCAAAUCAUUAACAUUAAUAUUCCAAUUCUGCACCAAUUUCAUUAAUGAUAUUGAUAAACAAUUCAAUAGCUAUUUUAACUAUAUCAAGUUAAUCAAUUUUAAGACUUUACAUAAAUCAUGGCAGGCCCAUUAUAAGACACUUCAAACUCAAUUUUCGACAGUUAAAAUCCACAAUAAACCAAUUAAGAUAGUCGAUUUCUUAAACUAUAACCAAUUGAAUGAUUGUUCAAGAUAUAUUGAACAAAAUUUACCUUUGAUUGUUAAGAAGUUCAAUGACUUGGGAGAACUUAUAAAUCAGGCUGGUGAAGAAAAAUUGACAGUUGAUAAAUUUAUCGAAACGUCAAGAAAUGAUUCCAUCACUCAUUUUAAAGAUGUGAAUGUCAAUGAGUUAGUCAAUGAUGUCCAACAAGCCACCAAAUCAAUAUCCAAUGAUAUUCAUAAACUUUCCGCGGAUAACAAAGCUGAUUUGAGAGGAAUAUAUAAAUUGCACCAAGAUGAAUAUUCCAGAAAGAUCUUCGAAGGUGCAAGCAAAUUGUUUAAUUAUGCUCAAGAAUUAAGAGCAUUUAAGGAUAAGUUAAUUGAAAACAGUUUACAAAUAUUUAAUAAGAUCGCUAAUCUUCAAAUGACAAUGGUUAGUGUCAAGUCUGAUAUUAGAAGUUUAAUGGACGCGGGUGAAAAGCCAACUACAGAGGAAGUAAUCAACUAUGAAACUAUCAAUAAGGUAAAAAAGUACGAGGAUUACCUUUCAUUAACUAUUGAUUUACCCCUCCUUUUUGGAUUUUUGUUAAUCGAAAAAAGAAGACAAUUUGAAUGGUAUGAUUUCUAUUCCAAAGGAAUAGUCAACAAUGUUUCUGAACAAUUAUCAACAAUCAUCGAUCAUGAAAAACUCUUUAGGAGUAUUUGGAUCAAAAAAUUCGGACAUUUCAUAAUGUUAUUAAACCCCAAAGAUCAAGAACAACCCAUUACGACAUCACUACCUAAUAUUGAUGUGACUGUACAUGGACCCCAUCAGUCUGAUUUUAGUAUUUUAUAUGAUCUAGAAAUCGAGAGAGAUGAUAUCGUGAACUACAUCAACUUAUUGGAGAAAUCCCUGGUAAGUAAAAGCUUCCCCGAGUUAUUGAAUAAGAAUUUCAAAGAUAUGAUGAAGUCAACCAACAAUAUGAAAAAGAUCACGAAAUUAGUUUCAUCACUUUCUGUAUUCACAUCGAUCUCCAAUGAAGAAAAACUGAAAAUUUUGACUGGUGGUGAUCUCAAAGAAGAUGAUGAAGAAGAUCUUGAUAUUGAUUUGAAUUUAGUCAGGGGUCUAAAAUCCCGUAUCAAGAAGUUGGAAAACUUAUUACAUCAACAGCAAUACAAGAAUAUAACGAGUUGGCCAGUGACUAGGAAUGGUGGUGCUACUGGAGGUACUGGAGGGAUGAGUCGUAUGAAUGGUGUCGCUGGAGAUAGGAUGAGUAUGAUCAUUGAACAGAAGCAAUUGUCCCCUGCUCCAGCUCCAUCUGCCCAGAAAAUGAAUCCUACAUUAUUGUUGGAACGCAAGGGACUGGUUCUGGGACAAACGCCAGGGAAUAACGUUAUCCUGAAUAAUGUGUCAUCUUCCUCGUCCCAUGGAACAAUAGAUACCUCGGGGAUUGAUAAACAUUUGGACAAUAUUCGACUCAAGAAAUUAAAUGCAGAAUUGACAAGUAAGAAUGACGAAUUGUUGCGGGAAAAUAAAUCCAAGAAUGAGACAAUUGAAGAAUUACGUCGUGAGAUUGACAGAUUAAAAUCGGACCAUAUACAAGAACAUGAAGAAUGGGAUAAGAAAUAUCUGAGGUUGGAAGAAGAUUUUAGAUUAUUUAAAUUGGAUCAUAGAUUAGAUUCUAAGGAAUUUGAUAAUUUGAAUAAAAAGAUUGAUCAAAGGGAUGGACAAAUUAGUGAAUUGCAAGAUAAGAUUAAUAAUUUCACCGAGACUAAUAGUAAUUUAUCAAAAGAGGUAACAGACUUGAAUAAAACUAUAGUCAGUCUUCGGAAUGAAUUGAAUGAUGCCAUUCAUAUGAAGAACGAAUUGCUAUCAAAUAUGUCUUCAAAGGAAUCUGAAUUCAGCAAAGAAAGACAUAGUCUAGAUGUUGAAAUCAAGAACCUUCAAACCAAAUUAGACGAUUUACAUGAAGAUUAUGAAGAUUUAUUGGAAUUGACAAGUGGUAAGCAAAAGAAAUACGAUUGUUUGAUUGUGGAUUUAAAUAAUGUGAUUGUUAAUUUGAUGAAUGACAUUAAGAAAUUGGUCGAAUGCAUAUUUGCGUAUUUCAUUGAAUAUUGUUUAGUAUUGGAGUCGAUGGGAUUAUUGUUAGUGAAAGAGAAUGAUUGCUUUAAGAUAAGACGUGUGAAGGGCUUGCGUACCAGAAAGGGGGAAGAAAAUGAAUCUUUAAUAUCAUUGAAUCAUCCAAAUUCAAAAGCCGUGGAUGAUAUUGAAGCGAUUAUGAAUUGGAUUGAAGAUAUACCAUCCAUCAACUCGCUUAUUCCCGCAACUGCUGAAUCAUUUAGCAGCGAAGCUGGAGAGAGUAAAUCCCUCGAACAAUCAAAUGAACUUAUCUCUACUUUCAACAAGAUGUUUAAACAAGAUUCAAAGUUUGACCACUUUGUCAAAGUUAUUGAAUUUAGAGAUAAUGUAUCUUUACAGGAAGAUGGCUCCAGUACAACACGAUUCUUCUUGAAUGCCAUCACGAAAAGAUUUAGAGACGUUGAAGGAUUUGCAAAGAGACAAACAAAAGAAAGCAAGAUCAAAGAGUCUGAAUUAAAGAAGAUGAUGCAUAAAUUGAAUUCCAAAUUGACAAUGAACGGGUUUCAAGAAAACGACUUGGUAUUAUUCUUGCCUACUAGAAUCGAUCGGGUCAAUGGUGAUAAGCUGCCAGUUGAGGAGUCACUGAAACAACCAUGGGCAGCAUUUAAUAUUGGGGCACCUCACUACUUUUUAUAUGUGCAUGAUCAAGGUUUGGUAAAGGACAAAGAUUGGAUUAUUGGACGAGUUAAGAAAAUCACUGAACAUAAAGUUACUGAAGAAAAUGUUGGUUCUCUCGAUGAGAAUCCUUUCCAAUUAAGCAUUGGAGUCGUUUGGUUUAUGGUUGAAGCUGAACAACAAAAGUUUUGA